AUGCCGACGAUAUCUGCGCGUCUGGACUCGUCUCCAGUUGCGAUACCGUCUUCCCCACCGCGACUGAAACGCUCCGUCUCGGUGGCAUCGUCUCUACCCACCCCGCCGCGUACAGUCACAAAACGCAAACGACGAACCAGAUCUCUUCACAGUGACGACGAAGGACUUAGCUCGGUUGACGAGGCUAGCGAUGAGGCUCCGGACAUAAACGAACGGCUUUCAAAGGAAGCUGAAGAGGAGGAGGCGUUUUGGCGGUCCCAAACCCAACCAAAGUCUGAGCCUGUCAAUGGUGAAACCGAGGACCAAGACCAUCCGUUGGUGUAUAGACGACUCCAACAGGCCAGCUCGCAAACCUUCAUUCUUCCCGUCUCUCCGCCGCCCUCCCAUCGUAAACCCAAACCACGGGUCAAGCAGAAAGUGCGGGUGCCGCAACCGACUUCAACCUCACCACCUUCCACGCCACCUGCGAAACGUCGCAAGCUUGACCUUCCUCGUGACGAGGCUAACAACCCAUUCCUUGCAACGCCACUGGAUGGCGAACUCGAAGUGGCACCAGCCAGUGCACCGAGCGUGAUCGACGAAAAGCCGACCAUGACUUUUGUUUAUCGAGGUGUUAAACGCGAAUUUCCCAACCCAUACUACGACAAGGCUAAGGAUGAGAAUCCAAACUCACUCUUGCCGCCCGAACAUCCGGAUUUCGAGCCAGACGAACGAGGUGUUAGAAAACUGUUGUUCAAAGUCAAGAAGCACACAGUUUCCACGCCGAAGAAUGGUAGUCCAACCCGCCGCGCCGUCGAAGUCGCGCGCGGCAAAAGUCCAACUGCAGCUCCCAAAGCAGCUGCCAUGAGAAGUCGUGUCAAGGGAACGGUCACUCACAAGAAGGACGACGCGUAG